AUGGCAACAUUCGAAAAAAUCGAAAAAGAAUUAAAUGAUGCAAAGGAUGGAUUGAAUAAGACGGAGGAGAAGUUGAAGGAAUUCGAAGAGGGGUCGAAAGAAAAAAAAAUAUGGGAUUUGGAGGAGAAGUUGGAUGACGGAGAAGAAAGGAAUGAGGAGCAGAGGAAAGGUUCAAGGCAACCUCCCUCUGGAAAAAGUCAACAACCAUCUUCAUCUUCAGGAGGAACAUCUUCUAGUACCUCUGGAAAAACAUCAGGAAAACAAAACAUGGAAGCACAGAGUUUUAAUUAUGGGGAUUUUAAGUAUAUAAGUAUAUUAAGUGCUGGAGAAAACAAUAAGGUUCUUGAAUGUGAGUUCUAUGGAAAACCAAUUGUUUUAAAAUGCACAGCCUUAUCAAAGAAACCCAACUGUCUGGAUGAAUUACUGAAUGAAGUUGAAAUUUAUGGAGUUCUCGCUAAACUUCAAGGUAUGUAUAUUCCAGAACUAUUGUUUUAUGGUGAUUUAGCAAAUGGAAUGAGCUUUAUCAUGGGAUUGAAAUUUGUUGGCAGCACAUUGUAUCAUCAUAACAUCAAUAUAUGGCAAAAGGAACGGGCUCUUAGUGUAUUAAAGAAAAUUCAUGAUUGUAAAGUUCUUCACAAUGAUAUUCGUGAAGAAAAUAUCCUG